CUGCUGUCAUACAUUUACGCGGAUUUUAGUUGCCGCUUGAGUAUUGCAUUAGCAUUUGGUUAUACCCGUCGAUCGUUUUGUUUUGCUAAAUUAUUUAACAAUAUACACGGAGCCAAGUGCACUAAUUAUACGUGCGUUAAAGUGCUUGAAAAUUGGUCACAAGAAUUAACAGUGCAAGAUGGAUAAUAGCAACGAUGCCGCUGGAUCGUCUAGUGUGGAUACGUCCUCCGUGACUAUGGUGGACGUUCUGAAGGAGCAGGUGGAAUUGGAAGCUGAGAGUGACGCAGUGUUGGCUGGUUCCGACGAAAAAAAUUGCACUUAUUCCCAGGGUUACGUCGGUCGCCAAGCAUUGUAUGCUUGUUUAACGUGUCUCCCGGAAUCUCGCGUGGAUGAGGAAAAACGAGCAGGAGUUUGUUUGGCCUGUUCGUACCAUUGCCACGAAGGUCACGAGUUGAUUGAAUUGUACACGAAAAGGAACUUCCGAUGUGACUGCGGGGGGAAACGUAUGCCGGAGGCGCGUUGUAAAUUGGACCCACUCAAGUUGGAAGCAAACGAUGAAAAUCUGUAUAAUCAAAAUUUCAGUGGAUUGUAUUGCAUCUGUAAGAGGCCUUAUCCGGACCCGGAGGAUACGACUCCGGAUGAGAUGAUUCAAUGCGUUGUCUGCGAGGAUUGGUAUCAUACGAGGCACUUGGGCACAGAAAUGCCAGGUAACACUAAGAACUUCGCGGAAAUGGUUUGUGGGGAUUGUAUGCAGAGGGUGAGCGUGUUGAAGAAUUACGUAGGCAACAUUGAAAGCAGUGAUCGGACGCAAUUGGAUGAGACACUCCAAGUAGAUGUUACUGGUUUAGAUGAAUCCAGUGCUGCUGAUACAAGUGUUGUGGACGACGAUGCGGGUAAAGUCGAGGAGAAUCUCAACAGCAGUAAGCGAGCUAAGCUGGAUAUCUGUACCAAACCGCACCUGGGAGAAGGUGAAAAUGCCCCUUACAAAGGAGGAGCCGCAUUCUGGAACGAUGGAUGGCGUAAGCAUCUAUGUCGUUGUUCGACUUGUAUGGAAAGCUACCGAGACUUAAAGGUGGAGUUUCUUCUCAACGAAAGCGACACCGUAUUGUGGUAUGAAGAGAAUGGUCGGGUGAAAACCGAGGCCAGGGGAAGUCUUGAUCAGCAAGCGACAGAAGCAUUCAAUCGUAUGGGACGCGUUCAACAGGUGGAGAUUUUGUCCGGUUACAAUCGUUUGAAGGAGCGCUUGAAUGAGUUUUUCAACACUUUCGUCACCAAUAAUCAGGUGGUUACCGAGAAAGAUGUGACGGAUUUUUUCGCUCAGCUAAAGAAAGAGAAACAAGAUGUUGGGACACCAUCUUACUUCUGUCGUUGAGACAGCAAUCAUGGUAUUUUAUGGUAUAAUAUAUUUCAUUAUAUUUCUUUAUCCGCUAGUUUUAGGAAGCUAGUAUUUCAAGGCUGUAUUCCAUCAUUAUAGAAAAACUAAAUUCAUGCAAAUCGAA